AAGUGAAACCCUAUAUCUGAUGAACUCGCUGCAGCGUCUGUUCAGGAUAGUCACAACAGAGAUCAUCUGUAAGGAGCUUUCUCAGCCGGUGAUAGUUUUCUGGAUCCAGCUAAUGUGUCUUUGAAUGCACCAUGAAGCCGCAGCUUACCGGGGCCAGGAGACGCUCCUCCGCGACACAAGCAGCCGGAGAUGAGGCCGCUCUGUCCCUGGAAGAGGAGCUAGUUGCGGCCAUACACGCAGCUUUCGAAGUGGCUGUGCAGAUCGCAGUCAGCGAGGUGAAGAAGCUGGUGGGUCAGACGACGGGAGACAUGUUCGAGGACAUGCGACGCGAGAACGAGUCCCUCAGGCGGAGGCUGCAGAGAGCUGAAGCCAUGUUGGAGCCUGCGUGCGUCCUGGAGAGAGUUGCAGGCUCUCUCCCGUUGACUGAUCAACCACCUCCAGCGAGAUUCAGCCCAGCAGCGGUCAGUGUGCACAGCUGUAGAGGGAUCACAGGUGAGGCUCCCCCUGCCUGUCACAGCUGUGCACAGCAGCCUGAGAGCAGACAUGAGGAGCAGGGAUCAGGGGACGUGAGGAUGCAGCUCGUCAUUCAUGCUGCUUCAGAGCCAGAGGGAGACCUCAGUAAUGCAUGUACCAGUGUAACUGAAGCAAUUUCCUGUGUAAGUGUGGUGAAGGCAGAAAGCAUCAAGCAGCCGUGUCAGGACUCAACUGCUCACCAUGUGGCUCCACUCCCCAGCAAUGAUGCAAUGUCCACUUUAGAGCAGAUUACAGUAAAGCAGGAGAAACCUGAAGAAGAAGAGGAGGAUAGAGAUAGUUUAGUUUGCUGCUUAGACUCGAUCAAAGUGGAGGAUUUUAGCCUGGAGUCUGUGUCCGAGUGGGAACAAGAAGUGCUGGAUACUCCGAGCCAAGACCCGAACACCCAGCUGUCUCAGGGCCUUCCACUGCCCACAGAUCUUCCCUCCCUCUCCUCUGAGUUUCCCAUCUUCCAGCUGGAAGAACCCGCUCCCAUCCCAGAGGUUCGUCCACAGACUUAUGGAGUCCACGUGAGGACCAGCCACACCAUUGGCAACAUAUACGCCUGCAAGCUUUGCGGCCAGUCCUUCCACCUGCCCAGCUUGCUGCGACGGCACUCUGGCCAGUGCCAGCAGAAGCUCCAGCAGCGUUGUCCGCCGCCCACAGCUGGAAGGAAGAGGGCCAGACUGCAGCUUUACCCUCCGGGCUGCAGCCCCUUCCGCUGCACAGAGUGCAACCGAGACUUCAACCGCCUGGAGAACCUCAAGACCCACCUCCGCAUACACACAGGAGAGAGACCAUACACCUGCUCGGUUUGCUCCAAGUGCUUUCGUCACUCCGGUGCAUUAACCAGGCACUUCCGUAUCCACACUGGAGAGAAGCCGUAUAUCUGUGGACAGUGUGGGAAGUCGUUCAGAAACUGCGGGGGACUUAAAUUCCACCAGCGUGCACACAACAAGCAGCUGCAGUAAAGAGGGACUCACUGGGUUUAAGCUCUUUAUCUGUGAUAAAACGGCAGUUUUUUUGUGUGUGAUUAUUUUAUAUUUGAAAAUCUAUUUUCACAGGUUCCCGACACUGACUGAAAUCCUCUGGCAGACAUGAUUUAUCCCUUAUGUUCACGUAUUAACCUAUAAGAGCAUUGAGAAUGAAUGCUGUUACAGACAGAAAUGUUAGUAUCAUAUAAAAAUGAGCAAAGUGCAAACAACAGUCCCAAUCUUUCAUUAACUCUAUUAACAUGUCAGUGCUACCUCACAGCGACUGAUGACUGCUCCUAACAGUGUCUUUCCUGUACUGUCACAGUUUUUCUGAGAUUACAGCUAAUGUUUUAAUGGCUCUCAUCUAGAAAGCAGCAUUGCAGCAAAUUAUUAUUGAUCUGCUUCAUUUCAUGUUCUGUAAAUUAGUGUCCUCAUUGGUAGAAAAGGACAAAGUCUCUAAUGUCUAUUUAACUGCGUACUGUCCAUAUAUAUGAUGACUCAUUAGUAUUUAUUAAUAAUAUGUAGAAGCUUUUAAUGCAUUUGUAA